UGGUCUCCAGCAUCUGCAGUCCUCACUUUGUCCUAGUUCUCAGAAACAGCAAUGUGUCAGUGUCAGAGCUCAGGUCACUGCAGUGAGAAUUAAAUCUGCAAUUUUCUGAAUUAGAUCAAAGAAGGAUUGCACCACACUGCAUCAGAGAAUACAGAGUGGAUAGACACCGCAGAUAGAUCCUGACCAUCAUCCAAGGAAGAACUGCACAACUGUGGGAAGACAUUCAGUCCCUUCGCAGCAUUUCUCAAUAGUUGGGCAGUGAAAGCAUCGUCUGGAAAUCGGUCAGGUCAGGAGCUUUGACAUAUCAGAUCGGAAACUGGUCAGUGGUGUGGAGCCUUCUAUCAGAACCAGCCUUUCUGAAGGUUCGGCUGGGGAUGAUUGGUCAGGGUGAGGCUGGGAAGAAGUGUGAGUAGCUCAAGCUGUGGGGAGAGCUUCAAUCAUUCAUUGUCACUCAUGAACCACUGACUCAUUCGUACAGGAGAGAGGCUGUUCCAAUGUAAGGAGGCCUCCACAGGCUUGUAGGACCCUCAAACACACAGUGAUGAACAAAUGUUGAUGAACGAAAGUAACACAAGGACAGCUUCAUGGAAGAGAAACCAUUUAAGUGUGAGGUUUGUGAUCAAGCCUUUGCACACUCGUCAACACUUGUGAAACACCAACGGAUCCACACUGGGGAGAGGCCUUUCAGGUGUGAGGUGUGUGGCAGGGCCUUUGCCCAGUCGUCUGGUCUCAUGUAUCAUCGGCGUCUUCACACAGGGGAGAAACCAUUUACCUGUGAGGUUUGUGACAAAUCCUUCUCGCACUCGUCCCACUUUCGAAGGCACCAACGCAUGCACACUGGGGAGAAGUUGUUCAAGUGUGAGGUGUGUGACAAAGCCUUCACUAGCUCCUCGACUCUCCUGAAUCACCAGCACACCCACACAGGGGAUAAGCCCUUCAAAUGUGAGGUGUGUCACAAGAGGUUUGCACGACUAUUGACCUUGGUGAAUCACCAGCGUGUCCACACUGGAGAAAAGCCAUUCACAUGUGAGGUGUGCCACAAAUCAUUCUCACAGUUACCAAACCUCCGCACGCACCAACGCAUUCACACAGGGAAGAAGCCAUUCCGUUGUGAGGCCUGUGAGAAGACUUUCACCCGGUCCUCUGAUCUCCUGAGGCACCAGAGGAUACACACCGGGGAGAAACCCUUCAAAUGCCAUGUGUGUAACCAAGCGUUCACACAGCCAUCAACACUGCUGCAGCACCAACGCACUCACACCGGGGAGAAGCCAUUCAAGUGUGAGGUGUGCGAUAAGGGAUUUGCACAGUUAUCAGGCCUUCUGUAUCAUCGGCGCAUUCACAGGAGAUAACUAUCAAAGUGUUAGCUGUGACACCAAACUUUCUGACAUCAUGAAACACUGAGGUAUCCACAAUGAAGAAAAGAUAACAGAGUGCAAGGUGCAUUUGGGAAGGCAAUGGCCUAAUGGUAUUAUCACGAGAUUAUUAAUCCAGAGACCAAGGUAAUGCCUGGGGACUUGGAUUCGAAGACUGUCAUGGGAAAUGUGGUAUUUGAUUUCAAAAACAAAUCUGGAAUUAAGAAUCUAAAUGGUAACUCUGAAACCAGUCAAUUGUCAGAAAAACCCAUCUGGUUCACUGAGGCCCUUUAGGGAAAGAAUUCUGACCUGGUCUGGCCUCUGUGUGACUCUAGACCCACAACAGUGUGGUUGACUCUUAAAACUGCCCUCUGGGCAAUUAAAGAUGGGGAAUGUAACUAACCUAGCCAUCCAUGAAUAAAAAAAAGGUGCAUGACAAAGACUUUACAAACUCGUAAAACCACCCACGCUUUCAGAGAACUCAAACACCGUUCCAGAGAGGGAUUUACAGAAAAGCUUUUCUGAAGCUUUCAAACCUCUAGAAACAUCCAGGAUUUGCACAGGGAGGAACCGUGUCAGUGUGAUCUUUGUGCUGAGGCCAUUCAGAAGCCAUUCAAGAAUGCUGUACUGACAAAUCAGUGUGUCGCUGGUUCAUCAAUGCAUUUACAAAGUUCUAGAAUAAACCCAAGACACAGUGGUCAGACUUCCAGAAUAUCAGUGAACCCACAAGAUACACCAAACCCUUCCAGUGUGAUGUGUGCCAAGAUUGUUUCACCACCUCUUCCUCCUCUCUCAUCAAACACUGUGUCCACACAGACAUGGAGCCAGAUGACCUGGUUCCACUGCACUGAGAGUUGACUCUGCUGUUUACCGUCCACUGCUCUCAGAAAGGAGUCGUUGUUCCAAAGUACUGUCUAUUUCAACAGUGUCUGUUUCAAACCUCUCCCACCAUCUGUUUAAUUGUUUCAAGAAUAUGAAUUUAUCAUUUGACCAGGUCACAAAAAGAUAUCUAAAUGUACAGAAACUUCUGUAUAUAUUCAGCAUCCUUUCAGUGCAGCAUCAGGUACAAGUCACUUACUGACACUUACUCUGACCAAGACAAUUGGAUACUCAGUCAGGUGGUAGGUUUGCUUGCCGAGCUGGUAGAUUUGUUCUCUGACGUUUCAUCACCAU